AUGACCUCCCUCGACGCGAGUGCAGCACACCCGAGCCUCGCUAGCAUGCGGCUGGGUGAGGUCGCCGCAAACAGACAGAUCCUUUCGCUUCCGGUCCUCGCUCUGUUGAUAUACAUUUUCUACCAGCGAUACUUUUCGCCGCUGUCCAAGGUUCCGGGUCCGUUUCUGGCAUCUUUUACCAACCUGUGGUGGCUGUCUACUGUGUUGAAGGAAGAACAGCAUCUGGAUUGUCUUCGACUUCACAGAGGGUAUGGUCCAUUCGUGCGGAUUGGUCCCAACCAGGUUAUGAUCGCUGACCCCGAAACCUUCAAGAAGAUCUAUGGGGCGGGUAACAAUUUCCAGAAAUCCGACUUCUAUAAGCCGUUCAAGGCGAAGUUGAAGUGGAGCCUCACGGCCGAGACAGACGGGCAUGUGCACAGCCAGAAUCGCCGAAUGGUCAGUAGGCCAUACUCGAUGGAUUCAAUCAGGAGCCUAGAAGGAUUUGUAGAUCAGGUCAUUGAGCAUUUCCUCGAAAAGAUGAAAUCCUUGACUAUUAGGCCGUUCGAUCUGGGCGAAUGGUUGGCGUUGUUUGCCAUCGGUAAUAUCACUGAAAUCAGCUUCGCCAAGAGCUUCAACUACCUGGACAAGGGUGACGCGGAUGGCAUACUCGCGCUGUCCAAGGUGGUGUUCGCCAGCGCCAACUGGGUGGGCGUCGUGCCGUGGGUGUACCGAAUCCACCAUCUGACCUCGGACUGGACGGGCAACUGGCUCGGGGUGACGAUGCGCAGCAUCAAAUUCCGCGCCCUGGCGCAGAAGAAGGUCCAAGAGCACCAGCUGCUGCGGGACGAGAACGAAGACCACAGGUCCAUUCUGGGGAACCUGCAGGACUUGAGAAGGAAGAAACCCGACGAGUUCUCCGAAUACGCCAUGACGUCCGCCCUGACCAGCAACAUCUUCGCAGGCUCCGACACCACGGCUAUUGCCCUGCGCGCGAUGAUUUACAACCUGCUCAGCCACCCUUCGUGCCUGGAGCGGUUCCUGCAUGAGCUGAAGGAGAGACAGAUGAUGGGCGAGAUCAGCGACCCGAUCCGCUUCCACGAGGCCGAAGCAUGGCCAUUUCUCCAGGCCAUCAUGUACGAAUCUCUACGCCUGCAUCCGCCCUUUGCCGCUCCUCUGCCCAGGGUCGUCCCUCAGGGUGGCCUGGUUGUGAAAGAUGUCUUCCUUCCAGCCGGAACCGUCGUGGGAACAAACGCCUGGGCGAUCCACCGUCGCUCCGAGAUCUUUGGCGACAAUGUCGAUGAAUUUUGCCCGGAGAGAUGGAUGGACCCGGCGACAAAGAGCGAACUGCAGCGCUAUUUCUUCGCCUUCGGCGGCGGAGCUCGGACGUGCCUUGGUAGAAGUGAGCAUUCCUUUCCCGCUCGGUAUGAAAGAGGCAUGAGCUAA